AGAAUGAGUUGGAGAAUAUAAAUUAUUCUGAUCGUGUUGGAAUGAGUUAUGAAAAAGACACGGCGAAAAGAGAGGCGAUAACAAAGCACAUAAUCACUCAUAAAGAUGACCGUAAUGUUUAA